UCCUAUUCUUUCAUAAACUUAUUGACACCCUUUCUGAACCACACGUUAUAUUAUCCCUAUAAGACUAAAACCAAAUCACAGGAAAGAAAAGGUAGAAAUGGGAUGAGGGGUUGUGGUUCUGUGGACAGGAAUAUUUACCAAGUGGGCAUUUUUACAGUUGACUGUCACUCUAGCAAAGAUGGAGGAGUAAAACCUGAAGAUGAUCUUUCAGUUAUUGUACACUAAUUGGUGAUUGUGAUUGAGCUUGCUUUACUUGUUUUAGUUCUUUUAGCACCAGUUGUAAAACUUUGAUCUUAGCUCACCAUUGCCCAAAAAAAAAAAAUGCAAAAACAGAAGGAUUGCUCUUGGUGUUGCUAUAUUACAAAACCUCUGAACUGACACUGCAAGUCUGCAUCUGUCUACUGCUUGAAGUCUGCUGGUAUUUCAUCUGACAUUAUUCAAUGGGAACUUGAUCAAGGAGGAGUAGCGGCAACAACAACAGCAACAGCAUAAGAAUAUUUCAGCAUCUCAGCCAUGGUGGAGCCAGAUCAGGGGGAAGCUGCACCCACUACUGCUAACAUGUCUACCAAGAAGAAAGAGCUUCUCUCCACUGCUAUGAAGAGAACUAGUGAAUGGAUUUUCUCCCAAGAGAUCCCAAGUGAUUUCACAAUUCAUGCAGGUGGAGCAUCUUUCUCAUUGCACAAGUUCCCGUUGGUCUCAAAGUGUGGAUACAUACGAAAAAUAGUCUCAGAAGCUAGUGAUGCUGAUGUCUCUGCCAUUGAGAUCCCUGAUGUUCCAGGUGGGGCAGAAGCUUUCGAACUGGCAGCCAAAUUCUGUUAUGGUAUAAACUUUGAGAUAAGUACAGAGAACAUUGCCAUGCUCAGAUGCGUGGCAGAGUACCUUGAGAUGACGGAGGACUACGUGGUUGGGAACCUAGUGGGUAGAACAGAGGACUACUUGAAUGAAGUGACACUGCAUAGCCUUGCAGGGGCCAUCUCUGUUUUGCAUCAAUCUGAAAACCUCCUUCCUAUGGCGGAGAAGGUAAAAUUGAUCCCCCGAUGCAUAGACGCUGUGGCUUAUAUAGCCUGCAAGGAUAGCCCAUUCAGUCUUUCGGGUAGGACUGAAAAUAGACUUGAUAGUGUUAAUUCUUCAUCUACAGCUCACUCUAAAACCAUUGUAGAUUGGUGGGCUGAAGACUUAACUGUUCUCAGGAUUGAUAUUUUUCAACGGGUUCUCAUCGCAAUGUUAGCAAGAGGCUUCAAAAAGUACGCACUUGGUCCAAUACUCAUGCUAUACGCACAGAAAUCUCUCCGAGGUUUGGAAAUAUUUGGAAAGGGCAGAAAGAAAAUUGAGCCAAAUCAGGAACAUGAAAAGAGGGUCAUUCUGGAGACAAUUGUGAGUCAUUUGCCUAGGGAGAAGAAUGCAAUCUCUGUUAGCUUUCUCUCCAUGCUGUUACGUGCAGCAAUAUAUCUUGAGACAACAGUUGCUUGCAGGCUUGAUUUGGAGAGAAGGAUGGGCCUGCAACUCGGUCAAGCAGUGCUGGAUGAUCUCUUGAUACCAUCUUUCUCCUUCACUGGGGAUACAUUGUUUGAUGUUGACACUGUGCGGCAGAUCAUGAUGAAUUACCUAGAAUAUGGAAUGGAUAGCACCCACUCAUGUUAUAAUGUGGAUGAUGAAUAUGUCUCCCCUCCUCCCAGUGACAUGGAGCGGGUUGGAAAGUUAAUGGAGAGCUACCUAGCUGAAAUAGCUUCAGAUCGCAACGUAUCUGUUUCAAGGUUCAUUAGUCUUGCAGAGUUGAUUCCAGAACAAGCAAGAAUAACAGAAGAUGGCAUGUAUAGAGCUAUAGAUAUCUACUUGAAGACUCAUCCUGCUUUGAGUGAAAUGGAGAGAAAGAAGGUUUGCAGCUUGAUGGACUGCCAGAAGUUGUCACGGGAGGCCUGUGCUCAUGUGGCUCAGAAUGAUCGGCUCCCUGUUCAGACUGUGGUUCAAGUUCUAUACUACGAGCAACAACGCCUUCGAGAUGUCAUGGAUGGCAGCGGCAUGGAUGGAGAAUCUCAUAUUCUGCCCCAGAAAUUAAAUUUGUACUCCUCAUCAGAUUACCAUUCAGUGCAUGACGAGCUCUCAAGAUUAAGGAGAGAAAACGAGGACCUGAAAAUAGAGCUGGUGAAGAUGCAAAUGCGGUUAAAAGAACUUGAGAAAUCGGCAACAAGUACUCCACCAAGGGUCCCUCCAUCAUCUAAUAAGCCCCCAUUGCCUCGAAAGUCAUUUAUUAACUCUAUGUCGAAAAAACUUGGGCGACUGUCUACCUUUGUGCAGAUGGAUGGAGUCAAGCCUUCUGAUUCCAAAGGUCAGACAAAGCCCAGCAGAGAUCGACGACAUUCCAUAUCCUAAGACAUCUAUCUAUCUAAUAUGCAUUAUGUAUGAGAAUACUGUUGCUGUCACUUAUCUAUCAGGGCUUGAUUGAGGAUUAGUUUUCUGUUUCUUGUACUUCAGUUAAGGAAUUAUUUUGUAAAUAAUUUUAUCACUCCAUGUCGUCCAACUCUCAAGAAAUUCCCAAUUGUUGUACAGAAAGGAGAGGGAAAAAACCUCUUUGUUAUUUGGAUUUUGGACUGCUUUCUGUAUAUGUAUUUGAAAUCGGAAAGUUCUGGGAUCCAUGGUAUUGAACUACUGCAAUGAAAAUCGCUGAAUUUUUUAAGUGAGAUCAACCAAUUCGUAAAUAAUAGAGCAGCAAAAUCUAUUUGAUUACUCCA